UAACCGUCAACAAACACCACCGAAGAAGAAGAAGCCAUACGUCAUUACGUCACGUCUGCUCUUACCCGUUUGGUUCCGCUUGACUUGAGGGGCAGACUUUCUUUCAUCAUUCAUCAAUUUACUCCAAAGCAGUUUUAUUUGACAUACCAAGACACUUUUUGUGACACGUACGGACGCUUUCCAAAAAGAUGGAGCUCAACAUAGCUCUUCAUUCCAAGCUUUCCUCCAUCAUGGAUGCGAUGGCCGAGUCCGCCAUGGUCGAGCUUUGCAAGGUAGUGGACGAGGACACCGUCGAGCUGCGUUUGGAGCUGUCACGGCUCAAGAUGCUCAACUCGGCCUUGACAGAAAAGGUUGACACGCUGCAGUGCGAGUUGACCGCGGCCAGGAGUGAGACACCCGGGCUACCUGGGAGGCACCGUACCGUCGCCAUCCAGACGGGCGACGACGUUAACGAGUCUGUCUCUCCAGUUAUCGAGGGAGUAUUUGGAAAGGACUGGUGCCUUAACCUGUGGAAAGACAGAUCUCGUGUUAAUCAAAAGAUUGAUGUUCAGCAAGUAGCUGAUGAUAUGGUUAUGUCCACGCCUCUUGACUGUUUCACUCUGUGCGAAGCACAGGAUUUGGAGAAAGGCACUGAGUUUCACAGUUUUGAGUCUUUCUCGAAGGCCAUUAAAAGAUGGCAGAGGUCCAAUUUUGUGGAGCUUUACAGGCGUAGCUCCAGGACCGUGGAGAAUGCCAAAAAGCGGGCGAGGAAUAAAUCGUUCAGUGACGAUUUAGUGUUUGCCGAGCUGGACUUUGCAUGCGCCCUUGGCAGCAAAUGCCCUGAUGCGAAACGUUGUCCAUUCACCAUCAAAGUGCGCGUUACACCUGACGGAAGGAAGCUUUACAUAAAGGACAUCAGUCCUGCAGAUUGCCACAACCAUGAACUCUCCCAGGUUCUGAUAACCGGGUCCGACUCUGAGAACGUCGAUGUGAUUCAGGUCAAGGUGGAAGAUUAUUUGGAGGGCGCUGCUGGCAGCUUCUCGCAGGAAACACUCAUUCAAAAAACACACAACAGCGCACCCUGGACUUUCCAGGAAGUGCAGACCUUCCUCGGUAUCCUCGCCGAAGACGAGGUGCAGCGGGAGGUCGUUGGCGCGGCUCGCAACAGGAGGGUUUUCCAGCUGGUCUCGUGGCGGAUGGCCGCCAAGGGCUUCCGGCGGACGUGCGCCCAGUGCCAGUUGAAGUGCAAGAAGCUGCGCCUCAAGUAUCGCAAAAUAAAAGCGCAGAACAAGACCCAAGCGUGGCGCUGGUUCUACUUGGUGGACGCCGUGUAUGGUCGUAGGCCGCCGAUAAGCAAGCCAAGCGUGGACGCCGCCGCCGCCGCUCUGCUGGAGGCCGUGAUGGACUCUGCCGACAACAAAGAGCUCUUCUCGGAGGAAGUGGAGCAAACGCCAGCGUGGCCGGCGGACGUCUCGAUGGAGGCAGACAGUAAGAAUCCUUAUGACACUAAUGGCACCGGAGAGCGAGCCAUUCAAUCGGGUCACGACGCCGAGGACGAAUGUUUCGAAUUCAUUGUCGAAGACGGGCAGGACAAAUUAACAGUACAAACCAGCUCGAGUUCCAGUGGGGAAAAAUACGUGUGUUUACGCUGCAACAUUUCAUUCUACAACCCCAACACCCUGAUGGUGCACCAAAGAGCCCACCAGCCGUACUGGUGCGACGUGUGCAAGGAGCAAUUUGAGAGCAAGGCCAAGUUGAAGCACCACAAGUGCGAGGUGGCCCCCAACAAGUGCCGCCUUUGCGGGAAGACUUGGGCCAGCCAGUCGGCGCUCCAGACCCACAUGGUGGUGCACACGGGCGACAAACGCUUCGUGUGUCGCUUUUGCGGACAGAGGUUCGCGCAGAAGGGCAGCAUGAGGAAUCACCUCAUACGAACGCACAUCGGCUGCGGCGAAUGCGGGAAGAAGUACGAGGCCAAGACGCAACUGCUGCGUCAUUUGCUAAGGCACAAGAAUGGCACUAUUUAGGUGGACGCUUUAGGUUGAUGUUGAAGCUGAGUUGCUGGAGGAUUGGAAUGACCAAUAUGUGCCACAAGGGGGCGCCUAAGCGCUACUUUUCUAUGAGGACUUUGGUACAGUAUCCCCCUUCAUAGUUCCUUGGCAACAAGAUGGUGCCUAAGCACUGCUUUUCUCUUAGCUUGGGUGCCAUUUUAGGGUGUUUCAGAAAGAGCUCAGAAUAGCAAAUAAAAUGCCAAAAUCUGUGACUGUAUCAAAAUGAAGCCAGAAGUCGCUAAACUGACACGUCAAUAGGGACUGUAAAAAGUGGAUGGAACGUUUGCUGUCAUUGCGAAUUUGAAAUGACAUUCAUCUCCAGCCUUUCUGUUUGCAGCUAUAAACGCAUAUUAGAUCGCUUUAAUCUUCACAAUAGUCAUCAGCAGCCUUCUCUUGGGAGUCCGAAAGUUUAUUAAAUAAAACAUCCCUCCAAAAAAUACA